UGUAUGGAUCUUAACUUGUGUUUCUUUGGGGUGUUAGGAGGCACUGAUAUAUCUCUUGGCUUAAUCAAACUGAGAACGCAUCAUCCAGCUUCUUGUUUGAAAGACGUGUUUGUUUAUUAUUAUUAUUAUUAUUACUAUUAUUAUUAUUAUUAUUAUUAUUAUUAAUUCCUGAAUACCUGGCACACCUGGACCGCAAUAAUCAUAUGGAUAUAGAAAAGCAGGGGGAAAUGUCCUGGUAGCUUUAUUGUAAAUAUCCCUGCUACGUAAGAAUAGCCUUGCCUGAUCAAACCAAAGGGUCCUGUUCUUCCCGCCUCUUGUCCAUCUCCAGCUAAGGUAGGGUCUUCCCUGGUUGGGUGUGUGUGUACCAUUUUGUGGUUUGCCUCAGUGGCAAAAUGUGGCCAGCUCUGGAAGGAGUGAAGUGUACUAAUUCCUGGAUUACACAGACCCUCUGAUGUGUUGACUCUGCUGGGAUAGUGUGGUUGUGAGAUUAGGUAAGGGGAAAGAAACUGAACAAAAAACAAGCAUUCCCCUGAUUUGCAUAGAUCUAAAAAACGAUUAAGAACUUCCUGAAUCCGGUUCACUUUUUAAAAAUUGCUCUUCUUGAAAUACAGCUGGCCAGCCUAUAAAACAGGUUCCAUUCCUCUCCACAGUACAGAGCAACUUUGGACUUCCACGCCUUCGCUCCUUCUUGCAGAAAUGGGAACUUGGACUGCUCUCUGUGCCUUCCUUCUGAUUGCCUUCAUCCAUGGUACCUGUUCCCAAACAUGCCUUUGUGCCCGUGGCUUUUGUGAGAGAGGCUGGGUGCAGUAUCAGAAUGCCUGCUAUAAAGCUGUGACACAACCAAUGACCUGGACCGAUGCAGAGAUGGCUUGCCAGAGAUAUGACAGGGACUCUCACCUAGCCUCCAUCCACAGCCCAGAAGAGAAUGACUUCAUUUUUCACCUGAUGGGCAAGCCACUGGAUUACACCAAAGGAAAGGCCUACUGGAUUGGUGCUCAUGACACUUUCAAGGAAGGAGACUUUGUCUGGACAGAUGGUUCCAAAUUUGAUUACCGGACAUUUCCUCCUUCACAGCCUGAUGGACUGGCAGGCGAACACUACUUGGGAUCCUGGGUUUUGCAAAAUGGUGAAAAACAAACUCCCCUCCCCUGCAAAGCGCUUUUUUGGGAGGGAUCAGGGAUUUGCUUAGGCAUGUGUGUGUCUCUGUGUGUGUGCUCAUACACUGGUAACAAGGGUAAUAAAAUAGGAAGCAGACCCUGGGGGGUGAAAGAAUCCACAGAAGCUGAGCAGACAAAGCAUGAGAGGAGAAUAUUUUGUUAAUGACAUCAUGAAGAUGCCCUAUAAAAAGUGAGUGAACUGUUCUAAAAUAAAUGUCCAGUAUGGAAACAGCCAUGAUUUCUCAGUAGUAUCCUGUGGCUCCUCUGCUAGAAAACAUGUGCUUCUUUGGGGGGGGGCUCCUGUAAGGGAGUCUCAUAUAUCAACUGUUUCAUGGCAGGCUAGCAUGAUGCAGCAGUAUGGAUAAUCAGUUGGGACCUAAUCAAGUAACUCAGACCUUGGAUCCAUGCUUUGGAGUUGUUCGUGGCACUGACAACAUUUGUGACUUGACCAUUCCUCCUUCCCUCUGUCUCCCUCAGGAUUUGUGACCUGGAAUGACUAUGCUGUUUCCUGGAAAUUCCUAUCUGUUUGCAAAUACUCCUUGGGAAGUAGGUGAGAACUGGGUUCAAUCUCUUUGGAAGUUUGAUCUGCUCUUACUAGUCCAAUGAACUUCUUGGGAUAAGCACAGGGGAGCAAAACAGCUUCUAGCUAAAGUUCCUGCAGGACUGUUUCUCCAGUUAGGACAAGGGUCCCCAAACUGUGCUUCAUUCAGGCUGUCCAUGACAUGCAACCCACCCUAGAACCUUAUGGUGAAGUCCAUUAAAUUAAUCGUAACCAGCAAGAACAAUAACUUUGGGGAUUGUUUCUGUGUAAAUAUGUACAGGCUCUGGUUGCAUACCAGGCUAAAGUCUGGUUGUCAGGCUCUCAUGUUUUGACCAUCAGAUGUUCUUCUUCCCUAAGCCACGGGUGCUGUGCAUCGGAAGGAUUCGGAAGGGGAGACUGAUGUGAAAUUGCUGGUGUGAAAAAGGGCAGAAGGCGGAAUCCUGGGAUGUUUCUUCUUCCUGUCACAACCUUAACUUGCUUCUUUGUUUCUUUGUUGAGCGUUGCAGCGUUAUGCAAGGUCAUUUCGAGAUCAGAGCCCUGGCCAAUGGCUUCCAUACAACAGGGAGAAAUUGAGUUGUAGUAAUUGGAGACCUCUAAAGAAGAAGAAAAGGUUGCUGUCCAAAUGAGCUUUUCCAUUUGAGCCAUGAUCAGGGACCUGUCAGUGCCCUCAUUUUGCUGGACUCAAAACUCCUAUCAUCCUUGAUGCCUGCUGACUGAGUCAGAUGAGAGCUAAGAGUCCAGUAGAAUUUGCUGUAGUAGCAGGAGCCUCGGUGUUAGCGCAGCACAACAGGCAUACCCAGUGGGUGAUUUGGGUCAGCAGAAGUGCUGCACCCUGUCGACCCUGUCACAUACUGUUUUGUUUCUGCCAGUCCAAGAACAUUUGGAAAGAACCAAAUCCCCCACCUCGGAAAAAGAACCAUUUCUUUCCUUUCUGUUUGCUUUCCAUCUUUUCCUCUUGCCAUUUUGAAAUGUUCAUCUUUCAUCUAUGCGUUCCCAUCCAAAACCAACACUGUAUAAUGCCUAUUCAUUAAAGACCAACUCUUUUAGCACUG